AUUACAAAAACGCUGCGUUUCGAUUUCUCACGUCUGAAAAGAGGAGGAAGGACGAAAAUAUCUACUCUCUCUCCCCCAAUGGCCAAAGCCGUCGCCAUGGACGCGAAUUCGAAGGGCUCAGAAAAGAGCACGAAGCCCAAUGAAAGAGACAGAGACUUUCUGAAUCAUCUUGAAACAUACCUCGCAAAGAGAGACGGUGUUGACAAGCUUCUGAAGAUCUCUCGCUACGCCUCCAAAAUCAUCCUCGCAUCCUCCGUCCUCUCCGAGAACGUAACCCUAAAUCGCCGGCUCAAGAGCUUCGAGUCGAGCGUUGGAUUGAGUCGGAAAGCGUUUCGACUCGGCAAAUUCGUGCAGGACGUGAACGCGCUUAGGAGCUCGCGAUGGGACUCAAAUCACGAGGUCCUGUUCUCGAUCGUCGCGUACGGAGGCGAAGGAUUGUACUACUUUGUCGAGCAGUUCAUCUGGUUGUCGAAAUCCGGGUUGAUCGAUGCGAGACACGCACGUUGGUUGCAGGGAAUAAGCGCGUGGGCUGAGUUCGUGGGGUACAUCGGAAGCAUCUCGAUGAAGAUUAGGGAUCUUAGGACAAUCCGAGAAGAAGAGGCGUGUUUGGCUUCGACGAUGGAGAUCUCGGUGACAAGAGGGGUUUCGUGUAGGGCAGAAGAGGAGAAGAUGAAGAAGGUGAGGGAGAAGAAGACGAUGAAGGCUUUAUCGAUUCUGCAAGAUCUGGCAGAUGCGUUAAUGGCGAUAGCAGAUAUUCGUGAUGGUAAAGGAAGGUUAUCGGCUCCAAUGGUGAUUUCAUCUGCGGGUAUGCUAUCCGCCAUUAUCAGCACGCAUAAGAAUUGGGUCUCUUGUUGAAGAUGGAUCAGAGCUGGCGUUGCAGAUUAACAAGGUACAUGAUUGAUUUCUGCCGGAAAAUUCACUGGAAAAACACAGAUUAUCGAAAAAGCUAGAAGAUUAAUAAUUUCAUACGGUUUAAUAAUAAUAAUUGAAAAGGGAACUACGAGAGCUGAUAUUGUGAAUCUAAAAUGUUGCAGUCUGGUUCUUGAUGGUGGUGUUGACAAUAAUUGAUUGGUUCAAUCACAGUUAGGAAAAUUUUCAAUUUUCAAGACAUCUUAAAUAAUGUGGUUGAUUUUUGUCACAUUGUAAAUAAGAAAAGGCUGAAUUUUCAAGAUA